GAGCUGCUCCGAUUCCAAGAGGAACGUCGAAUCGCUGCCAUGGUGAAGCUGGCGGAACGGGAUCGACAGGACCGGCAGGCCAUGGAGAGCGGGCGCCGUCAGGCAGAAGAGCGACUGAGGGCCAGGGAGGAUGAGAUGUUCCGCCAGAUCAUGGGUGUGCAUCAAGGGACUGUCGACUCCUAUCUGGAGGAGGUGCUGACCAAUACGGUCGAGCAGGCUGCGCAGUCCCGGGCACUGACCGAAGCGCGUCUCAAGGCCGCGAAAAUCAACCAAGUGGUGGACAUGCUUGAGGCUUCUGCGCAGGAGCCGGAGGUUGUUGUGCGCGAACUUGUCCACUCUUUCAACCUGCCGCAUGUCCAGAGGGAGGUGCUCCAGCGCCGCGUCGCGCAGGAGAACCAGCGUUUCUCCGAGGCAGCCCGCGGCGCCCUGGACGAGACGUACAAGAAGGUCACGGAGAAUGUGAACCCGUCCACAUGA